AUGAGGGAGGACGGCGACGGGAAUGACGAGGGUGACGACGAGAAGCAAGUGGAGCCGAGACAGCAACGUGAACGAAAGCCGACUAAGACAGCGGUUUCGGCAUCGGCAUCGGUAUCCGUAUUGACGACAGCAUUGACACACGAUAAGCAACCGGCUGAGAAGGAAGAAGCUGAGGUAAGCGGAGAACAGGUGAAAAACACAAAAGACGAUAAUGCGGUUGCAAAGCAAGUGAUUACAGAGGAAGCACGAGCAAUAAAUGAAAAACCCGAAACCGAGAGUGGAAAAGAAGAAGCAGCAGCUGCAGUAGUGCCGGAAAAUGAAACCAACGACGAUACGGAUACAGAUGAAGAAGAACAGGAACAGGAAGAGGACGAGGAAGAGGAAGAAGAAGAAGACGAGGAAGUCGAACCGAAUGUGAACGCAAGCGAGACUACAGCUGUUCGCAAUGCAGGCGAUCGGGCAGCAUAG